ACCCCUUUAGUUUACUCCACAACGAUGACUUCUUUUAAUAAUUUACUUGUGACACCACUGCACAUGCAAGUUUAAAUGGAAAUGUUAACUAGGAGCGGAGGCGUCUGUUAUUAGGACAAGUGGAUGGGGAGAGGCUUUGUUUCCUCUGCGCGCAGCUCCAUCCUUUUUCUGUGGACAGGGUGAGGCCGCGCGAGCCAGUUGUCACUGCUCUGGACACCGCUCUUUCCGUGAUUCCCCAUUCCCCUGGAGAACAGACGACAUUCUCUGAUAACGCGCGGAACCUCUGUCCAUUCCUGUAUAGUCCCUAGUCUCAGGGAGGGGGAGGUUGGUGACUCCACAGGCAAAGGCGACGGUACUGUGAGUCGCUUCACAUGUCUUUCGUGCUCUCUUUCCGCUUAUGUAGGACCGCGCUGGCGUGUAGGCCUCAGCAACAGCCAGAAGGAGGCGGAGCUGACGCGAGCGAACCAGCUGGUUCAGAUUCUCUCCUUCAUCCACCCUUCUUCCUCAAUUAUUUCUUUUUUGCGUCUUCUUUUCGUCUUUCUCCUGUGCGCUGCGUGUCUCAUUCCGUGCUGCAGCCGCAGAAGGAAAGUGGUGGUGGCACGGCCAGCUUCUUGCCCUUCGCUCUCCCCGAAACAGUCUGAAGCCAUCUACAGCGCCUCCGACAUCGACAGUGGGGUUUCUGCUCCGCCCCCUUCCAGGAGCAGAUGUUCCUGACAAUGUUACUUAUCAAUACAAUUGAAGUAUUGAAUUAUAUAUUAACAUCCAUAUAGCCAUCUUUAAAAAUGCUGAUAUCACUUUUUGUGGGCAAGAAUUGAAAUGGCUCAGGAGACAAACCAGACCCCAGGGCCCAUGCUGUGUAGUACAGGAUGUGGAUUUUAUGGAAAUCCUAGAACAAAUGGCAUGUGUUCUGUUUGCUACAAAGAACAUCUUCAGCGACAGCAGAAUAGUGGUAGAAUCAGCCCAAUGGGUAAAGGGACAGCUAGUGGUUCAAACAGUCCUACCUCAGACUCUCCAUCUGUACAGAGAGCAGAUGCUAGCUUAAGCAACUGUGAAGGUACUGCUAAUAACACAUCUGGAAAAUCAAGAAAUGUGCCUGUUGCUGCUUUGCCUGUAAUGCAGCAAAUGACAGAAAUGAGCAUUUCAAGAGAGGAGAAAGUAUCACCAAAACAAGACAUCGAGCCAGUUGUUACUCAACCAAGCCCAUCAGUUUCUCAACCUAGUACUUCACAGAGUGAAGAGAAAGCUUCUGAACUGCCUAAACCAAAGAAGAACAGAUGUUUCACAUGCAGAAAGAAGGUUGGCCUUACAGGGUUUGAUUGCCGAUGUGGAAACUUAUUUUGUGGACUUCACCGUUAUUCUGACAAGCAUAACUGUCCAUAUGAUUACAAAGCAGAAGCUGCAGCAAAAAUCAGGAAAGAGAAUCCAGUUGUGGUGGCUGAAAAAAUCCAGAGAAUAUAAACUAGUCUAUUUGUGAAAAGACUGACUUUUGUUUUAUUUUAAUAUGCCCUAUGAAAGCAUUAAAGAGCAGAUGCAUGGCCAUUUUCCUUUGUUCUCCAAAGUUUUAAUUUUAGCCUUGUCUGUCUUAAUGUUUUUUUACAAUGAUUGGGUGUUUGUUGCAGGCCGAAUUGGAUAGAUACAGUCCUUGAAAAUGUAUAUGCUCUCCUCAGAAUAUGAUUGCAUGGCUAGAACCUGCACAGGAAUACACAUGCACAGAAGACAGGCUCUGGUCCACAUGUGCUAAAGAGAUGUUUACUUAAUGUUUGCCACAGAUCUGCCUUUUGAGAUGUUCAAGGUGUUUAUGACUAACCAAAGACUGUGCCCGUUUGGGAGAAGGAUAUGUCAGAAAGGCUGAUGGUCUACUUCCAUCCAUUUGAAAUCUUAUUUUAUUUUUAGUUUCCAUGUUCCAUUGUAUUACAGCAGAAUAUAAGACAUGUAGAGGGCUCUACCAUCCAGUAAGAUGAGUGUUGGUGCCAUAUUUAAUAAAAAGUAAUUUAGCAUUUGCAAUGAGAAAAAUGGGAAAGAGUCAGAUAUGUAUGAGAAGAAAACUAUUUUAGAACAGAUAACAACUUUAGAAUAAUGAAAAUUAUAAUAAUUUCCCAAAGGAAAUUUCCUGUUAGAAACUUAAGAACUGUUCUGCAACAGUUGUCUGCUUUUCCUUGCGUAGCUAAUAAUAUUGUGUAGCACAAUAUUGUGCUAAGAUUGACUUAGAAAACAAAAACUAUGGGUGGUGUUUUUAGACAUGCCACAGCAACUCUAUCAAGUGACACAUGCAUCUAUGUAAGUUGCAGAAGUAUUUGAGCAGUUCAUUAUUCAUGUGCUUCUUAAAUUCAGCACAUUCUGGGUUCAAAAGAUUAUUAGGAGCUUUUUUCAGUUAAAAAAAAAAAAGUUUUAAAUGUAACAAUUGUUGUGUAUGGGAAUCAUACUCAACAUUACUCCUGUAGACUUAAGUGGGAGCUGGAACCACUCUUGGAAGGUUGCUUUAUAAUUUUUAAUUGUAUUUGGGUGUAGGACUGCAGUGUUCUUGGGUGUAUUGCAUGGGCUCCAUUAUCUACAGCUUUGUAUAAUAACUAGAAAGGACAGUAUAGUUCACUGAUGCUUGUCUGGUAAAAUAAUUUCUGUGUUAUAAUGGAAAGGGGUUUUGUGAUGUAUGAAACUUGUGGUGGUUUUUUAUAUAAUCAAGUAUAGUGUGGACUAGUGUUGUAAUGCCUCUUCAUGUAUAUGUACACAAGAUGCUACUUAUGAUUUUUAUUGCAGUGUUCAAUCUUAGUUUUUUAGUUCACUAUUAAAAAAUCAAGCUUUUGCUUUAAUUUUUUUCUUUCAAUUUAGUUAUCAGAUAUGCAAGCAUGUACAGAUAGUUCAUACUUAGGUAUUGCACAUAAUCACUCUAUCCAGCAUCUAUGCUCUGCAGUAUUAUGUAAAUAAUAAAAAUCAUGUACAGAAGGAAAUACUUUUUGUGAUAGUUCAUUGGUUUUAGUUAUUGCUGUAACUUAAAAGUGGCCCUGUGGCAGUUGGGAUACAAAACUAAUGCUAUAGAUUUUUUUUUUUCUUAAACCAUUCUAACCUCCUUAUUUCUUAUUUUGACAUACUGACUUCUUUAAGAUUACUUGUUGAGGUCAGAAAAGCAUGAACAGCUGGAAUACAGGUAACUACUUGAUGACCAGAUAAAGAUGUCAGCAAACAACAAUGUACUUAAAAGGGAAUGAAGAAAAUAUUAGUAGCAAACUUGAAAAGUUUCUGUUCUGUUGUGGGUUUUGGGUUGUUUUUUUCUCCUUUUGUCUACAGAAGUUAUUUCUGGUGGAUCUGUUCUAAUACAGCCAGUGUACUGACUGCAUUGUUUUGUUAAAAUCUUCAUCAGAAGGCCUGGGCAGAGCUGUCAGAGUCUGCAUCCAAAUAUGAAUGUUAUAUAUGCCAUACAUACACAAGGAAAAAAAAAGUACAGAGCACACAGCACAUGUUGACUUGAAAGAAGCUAUCUUUGCUGGUGAUUAAUACAUAAUAAUGACUGCCACUAUAUAUGGUUCUGCUAAGGAUGCAAGGGCAUGUUCUGGGCCUUCAUGUGCUAGGAUGAAUUUUAUUUUUUUAAAUUGUGGAGCUGUUUUAAAUCAUCAAAGUUAUGUUUUUUCUACCUUUCUGUAUUAAAGUCAAAUCAACUCAACUGCAUCAUAAAAAGCUUGUUAAGUUUGGGGAUUGUUUUUUUUUUGUUUGCUUGUUUUGUGAAUGCACCUUGGAACUGUAUAUUUGGGGAGAAUGUAUCCAGAUUUGUGAUAUUGUUAGGGUGAGAGCAUUUUAGAAAGGAUAACCAUACUGAUACUAGUACUUAGUUAUUCUGAUGGUCCCUCUUGCAUUCAUUUGCUUUUUUAAUCUGCACAAAGGCUUGUUUAACUUAACUCAAUAGAUCUGAGGAGGAAGGUAUGGAACAAGAAAUCUCUCAUUGUUCUAUAAAAUCAUUAACUGUAUCAUGUGUAAAUUGUUGGCAGGUGGGAUAGGAGCCUGUAUUCAAAACUAAGCUUUAUUCUGUUAAUAAAUCAUAGAGGGUCUAUAAUAAUUCAGGAACAUUAAUUCCAUUGAGGCUCAUUGAACUUUCAAAGAGGGGGAAGGUUGGUAAGUAAGAGUGGGUACUGAAAAGUCUGAUAAAUGGAUCUUUAAAUUUUAGUGCAAACAGUGUGGUACAUAUCCCUUGGCAAAAAGAAUAUGAAUAUAGGUGCAGAACACUUUGGAUUAUUGUUAUUUGGUCCUUAAAUCUAAAGUGAUAAAUGCUUAUGACAAGGUUAUCCACCUAGUUGAUCAAGGGAAGCCAGUUGAUAAGAGAAAUUAUGCAUUACUACAUCCUAUGAAAAAACAGCCUUGGAAAGUCCUGAGAAAUGCAGACUGAGCUCUGGAGGCAUAGAUAAGAUAAAAGCAACCUUGCUAAUUGCUAGAAACAAACUGUGCAUGUUCAGAACCAGAGGUCAACCAGAGAACACCACAAUUUGGGGAACAGACCACCAGAGACCCCGAAAGAGACCCCCAAGAACCAAAUAAGGACUUUUGAUAAGGAUGGGAAUAUGCAAAACAGGACAAUGAAUAUAUGUCAAGCAAGUGUGGAUACCUGAAAAAUAUGUAAACAAUAUGUAUAAUAAAAAGCCUUACUUGCCUGUCUCGGGUUACACAAGAUUAGAGGAAAAAUUCCUCAUGUCCAGCAUGCUGUAAUAAAGAAUGCCUGCUUUCUAAUACUCAAAACUGUGUUAGUUUCUAUCUGGCUGAUUUCGGUA